UAAGGUUCAGUGAUUUGCCGUUCCAGCCCGAGCGCUUUCUACUAACGGAAUCGCUUAUGAUGCCCAGAGGUUUACGGAGGCUUGUGCACCUGGUGCUGUUUUGCCCUAUGUCGAAGGGGCUGCAGAGUCGUCUCCCGGCGUUAAAGGUGAAGUACCUGCUGCUGGCCUGGCUGGGGAUCCUGGUAGCCAGCUGGGUCCUCUACAUGCAGUACGCCUCCUACUCAGAGCUCUGCCGAGGACACGUCUGCCACAUGGUCAUCUGUGACCACUACAGGAGAGGCAUUAUCUCAGGGUCGUCCUGCAAGGCCCUGUGUGAGGAGAGGAGCCUGACUCUGCAGCGAUGCAUGUCCACCUCUUCCACACACCAAGUGUACAGUGGUCUGUGGAAGGACAGGCCUGUGGUGAUAAAGUGUGGUCUAGAAGAGCCUCUGAAGGGGGACGGAGCUCCUGACUCUGUACUGAGACAGGAAAUUACCCUGUUUGACAAGCCCACCCGCGGGACCUCCAUGGAUGAGUUCAGAGAGAUGUUGCACAGCUUUCUCAAGUCUAACCUGGGAGAGCAACCUUCUCUCACCACCUUGGUGGGUCGUCUCAUCACCCUGGCCGAUGUCAACAAGGACCGCAAGGUGUCCCUGGCGGAAGCCAAGUCUGUGUGGGCUCUCCUCCAGAUCAACGAGUUCCUUCUGAUGGUAGCCCUGCAGGAGAAGGAGCAUACCCCCAAACUGCUGGGCUUCUGCGGGGACCUGUACGUGACUGAGCGCGUGGGCCACAGCUCCCUCUAUAGGUUGGAGGUCCCCAGCUACCUGCAGGCAUUAGUCCCAGAGGCCCUGAGCUCCAGCCUGAACCAGUGGCUGGCCCCGGCGUGGCCCCGGAGGGCCCGCAUCACCAUCGGCCUGCUGGAGUUCAUAGAGGAGGUGUUCCACGGGGCCUACGGCAGCUUCCUGAUGUGUGACGCCAGCCCGCGCCACGUGGGGUACAACUUCAGGUAUGACUGCAAGAUGGCAGACCUGCGCAGCGUGGCGUCCGAGAUGGCGGUCCGCAGGUUCCUGCGGGGACGUCGCUGCGAGACCAACGCUGACUGCACCUUCGGGCGUGACUGCACUGCCACCUGCGAUCGACUGGUGAAGCAAUGUAACACAGAGGUGGUCCAGCCCAACCUGGCCAAGGUGUGUGUGAUGCUACAGGACUAUCUGGUGUCCGGGGCGCCCCAGGACCUCCGCAUAGACCUGGAGAAGCAGCUCCGUACCUGUGUGACGCUCAGUGGCCUGGCUAGCCAGAUGGAGGUGCACCACUCGCUGGUUCUCAACAACCUGAAAACCCUGCUGUGGAAGACCAUCUCCAACACACAGUACUCCUGAGGACCACAGAAGAGCUGCUGGGAGACAUAUGUAGGCCUGGGUCGUAUUCAUUUGACACCAAAUAAAGGAAAAUGGAUUGAAACAAAUGGACAAUCCGAAGUUGUCCAGUAAGAUUUUAUUUACCCUAGAGGUA